AUUUACUUAUCAUUGCUUCUAAGGAUAUUCCAAAAAGUAUUCGUUUCGAUAUAUGGGAUGAAGUAGAAAGCUAUCUUAAUGAAUACGGAACUAGAAACAGCUUUGCUCAUAUCAACUUAUCUAUCUUGGAACGAGCUACACAAAUUGCAAUUACAACAUAUGUUAAUAAACAUAACCAUAUCUUUCUUCCUAAAAUCCGAAGUUUUGAAAUCAAAUAUCAGUUACUAUCUAAAGAAGCGUUGGAUGAAAUAAAUAUAAUAACAAAGCAUAGUAAUUUGUCAUUAAUAGUGCAAAAAAGUCUUUUAAAAGCUCGAUUUUCUGAUCUGAAUUUUCAAGACCAAGAUCUAGUAAACGAGAUUCAAAAAGCAAAAAGUACAACCAAGAUUAGUAAUGAUACAUCAGUUUUACUUACUACCCUUAUGCAAAAAAAAUUAGAGGAUCCAUGCUGGGUUGUUGACUUCGAGCUGGAUAAUAACAAUCACCUAACUCAUCUUUUUUGA